UGUAGCAAUGAGUCCCAGAUUUUCAACAAAGAGCGUUCAUCUGAAAUUUAAACAAAUUCUAUCGAAAUUCGAAAUUUAAGUUCAAGAUAAGUAUGUAUGUUCCCGAUCCUGGUCUAAUGUCUAAAAUACAAACUCUGCUCUCUGUUGGAGACUCUUUCAUGGACACACAGAUCUCUUGCUCUGACGGACCUAUAUUUUGGAACUCGCUUCUUCUCGCGGCAUCAAGUAAAUAUCUUAAGGAAAUGUUGGCCGGUUCUGAUGCUUCAGAUGAUCUUGUUCUAAUCCUUCCAAAUUUCUCAAGAAAUUUAGUUUUCCAGAGUUUGCGUAAGUUGGUAGAACUUGGAACUCUAGAGUUUACGACGAGAGAGAAGGAGUUGCUUCAUAUUCUAGGGGUUGUACAUAAGGAUGAUUUCCGGUCUAAAGGAAAAGUUGUUCAAAUCCUUAGUUCUUCUAAUUUUCACAAUCCACAUUACAGACCUGUACUUGUGUCGGAAGGAGAUGAUGAGGAUGAUGAGAACGAUGUUGACAUUAUCUUUGAAAAUGACUCUGAUGGGAGUGAGAGCAGAGAUGAGUUGGACGGAAAGGAUGAUGAGGUUGAAAUGACUGAUGAUGAAGAUGAGGUUCGAAUUACUGCUGAGGAUGAUGAGAAUGAAAAUAAUACAUAUUUAAACUGGGAAGUAUCUAAACUAGAUGAUGAUGAUCCUAAUAUGACCAUAGAUUCCUUGAGCUCUUAUUACGAUGGAAUAACAGAGAAAGAAAAGCCUGAAGAAGAAACGAAAAAUGUGGAAGCAACGAAGAAAGAAGUUAAGACAAAAACAAACACCUGCAGAGGUUGUAAUAAAAGGUUUGAUAAUUCUGAAUAUAAGGAACACAUUGCUAAGUUUCCGGAGCAUGCUAACAGCAAACUGAAACCUAGAUCUGAACUAGUGUGCAGGCUUUGCAAUAUUGACUUCAAAAUCAAAGGGCUAACUGCUUUCCGUGAGCAUGUGACGAAGCACAGGAACAUGGAUGGAGAUUUCUCAUGCAAGGAGUGCGGGAAGAAAACAAACAAAUGGGGACACCUCAUGCAGCACAUGUACCGUCAUGGAUGGAAAAGACCGUUUAACUGUGACCUCUGUAACUACUCAACAAUAAAUAAAUCCAACCUUGUGAACCAUAUCAAUAUUAAACAUGAAAAACCGGACUCCAGGGACUUCAUCUGCCCACAAUGCGACAAACAGUUUAAGAGCUCGAAUAUAUUCCUAGUAUAA